ACAAGUGACUGUUCAGUAGCUCGCGCAGCGCAGCAGUGUUCCUUCUUGGUGGUUGGCGUUAUGCAAUUGUACCUGUCAAAAGAAGGUUUCAGCAGUUUGUUCGUCGUAAACAGCAGCACAUUUCUUGCCACAGCAUCAGUUGCCUACAUCUGCUACUAGUCCCAUGUCAAGGAAAUCAUUUGAUCCACUAUGGAGACGCACGGUUACUGGGAUGAAACAUCAGCGUCUUCUCAACAUCUGAAAUUUGAAACCUGCAGCUCCGCCGACGGGUCGUCGCGCAGGGAUGAUCAGACCAUCUUCCAGUACUGUGACGGGAAUCUCAACUUUACAACUGCAGCAGCUACAUCAGAAGACGACGAAUUUAACUUUCAUAAGAAGAAAGUGUCAAGGGAUCCAAUGUCACAUCGCAUAAUAGAGAAGCGGCGGCGGGAUCGUAUGAACAAUUGCCUGGCUGACUUAUCACGAUUAAUACCAGCGGAUUACCUGAAGAAGGGCCGUGGUCGCAUUGAAAAGACAGAGAUAAUUGAGAUGGCUAUCAAACAUAUGAAGCAUCUUCAGUCUCUGGCGUGCCCUCAGCUAGAGAACUGUGACCUAGUGCCGGAACAUACUCAGCCAGGUCCAAUUGUACUGGAACAUUAUCGGCUUGGUUAUCAGGAAUGUCUGUCUGAAACUAUGCAUUUCAUGGUUGAAGUAGAAGGAUACUUUGCUGGGGAUCCUUUGUGUGUCCAGCUUAUUAACCACUUACAGAAGCACUGUGACAAAAUACUCAAAGGUGACAGGAUCAACUUCCCACGAACAAAUGUGGCAGAGACAACAAGCACUUCUUCUGGCAGUUCUGGUGGUUACGGGCACCAUUCGCGACCCAUCGGUGCAAGCUCCGGCCUCGGAUCGAGCUCUUCACCAGGUUCAGGAUCUGGUUGCAGCUCUGAUUCAGGCAACAAGGAUACUCCAUCAGAAAUGCUUACACAGAGGCAGACAGUUGCUCCAGUUCCCGGGAUCACUGUGGAAGACAGAGAAGCAGUCCGAUGCAGUCAGUUACGGGACAUGCUGCAGCAACAUCCAUCUGCCACUGUCUCCUCUUCAGCAAGUAUGCCAUCAGUUGAUCAGAGUUCAGCUCCUCCACUUUAUAAGUUCAAGAACAAUAUCAAGCAACGCUUCACAGCAGAACACGAUGCUUCAUCAGUGAUACCUCUGUCAGAAGUGUGUAAUGGCAGCAGUGCCAAGAGAGCACGGUACAUGUCAGAGAUGAGUGAAGAAACAGGUGGAAGUGCAAUUAACAUCCUAGGACUGCCUAUUUUGACAGCAGAUGCGAAACGUCGUGAUAGUGAAACGUGUUCAGUUCCGUCUUCUCCUCCGUCACCUAAGUACAACCCUCCAAUGUCUCCAGUGACAGACUUGGCAUCUCGUGUUACACCUCCUUUGCCACCUCAGCCUUCACAACCUCGGCAUAAGUCUCACAUUCCACACAGUCGAGGAAUUCCUAUAUUUGCUCUACAUUCGAAAGGUUCUUUCUAUAUACCUCUGACUUUGGAAGCAGAGGUUUUGGCACCAUAUUUAGCUGCAAUAGGUGUUGACACUGAUAUGGAGAACAAUCAUGACAUACCUUUGAAGUCUGUUGUGCUUCAUCCUGUAACUAUAUCAGUCAAUUUCCAGCAGGCACAGAACAAUAUAAAAAUGCAUCACAUGAACUCUUGUUCCUCUUCCAUACCUUGGAAGAUUGAUUCUAACGGAUUUUCCAGUACUGUGUCCAAGUGGCCUGUUUGUGUUCAAGACAGAGGUUAGACUAUUGAAAACGGUGCAGUGAAAAGUUUCAGAAUGGAUGCUCUCAUAAUUUAUUAAGCCAGAACAAUGUGGCGACUGAAUUCUGUGUUGUGUGUGAAAUGUUUUUUACAAUAUUUGUCAGAGCAUGUUGGUAUAUGCCUCACUGCAGUUGGAGGGACUAAUUUGGUAGGAAAUAUAAAGUAUAAACUUGUAUUAAUUCUUACGGUCUCGAGCACCUCAAGAUUUCUACAGACUGAUAUUUCUAGUUGAACUAAAGUGAGUAUACCAGUGAUAUGCCUUAAUACAAAGUAUUUCUGUAUACUUUAUGAAAUGAAUUUGCACUAUGUGUCAGGUAUUAGUAAGGAGUGAGUAAUAGAAUAAAAUUUUUGUGUACUGAUGAAUGGUUUGGAGUUGUCACAUGACAAGUUUUUGUCAGGAUCCAGUCACUACCUGAUUUACAUGAAGGUUGAAGUCGAUAAUUCAAUUAACUCUCCACACAGUAAUUUAAAUGGUUUGUUUCACACCUACAUAUGUUUUUUACAAAGGAAGUUGUUAUAUUACAUCAGGCAAACUGUUGUAGUGUAAUAUUUAUACUAUUCAGUUUGCACAUUUUACAGUUUUUCAGAUAAAAUCUUUCAUUUAUUAGUGGUAGAAACGUUACAUAAACUAUUUUCAAUUCUGCAAGAAUUGAAAAUAGAAUGUAGCUGACACAAUGACAGUUUGAAAACUCCAUAAUAUAAGUUUAUGUUGAACUAUAUUUGACCAGCUUAGUGCCUGCUGCUUCACUCUUGUAAACUGUAUUGACUGCAUAGAUUUUUUUAUAAUAUGUAUAACCAAAUUUUUAUGUUGACACACAUGUUGUUCAUGUGUAAAUGUGUACACUAUAAAAGAGUAAGUGACCCAUUAAUGGCUGCCAGUCUUUGGAUAAUUAACAUAUUCCAGUGGGUUCAAUUCAGUUUCAUAGAACAAGUUUAAAAAAAAGGAAGAGACAAAUUGGAUGAGUGGUUCUAUGGUCUUCAGCCGAUACUGAAAUCUCUCAUCUCAAACGGAUAAUCCAGUACAUGGAAUCCCAGUUAAACGUGGUAUCUAUUUUAUCAUCAGUAAAGAUUAGUUUGUUUAGUAAUUACAAUGAAAGUAAUUUUUUAGACAUAUACUUACUCCACUGAAAAAUGUCCAUUUCGUUUCCUAUGCAAUUCUGAUAAAGCCGGUUUGUUUGGUGGGUGCUAAAUAGCUUUAUUUUAUUUAGUUCACAAAUUGCAACACCUUCUAAGUUUUUCACGCUAAUUAAGGCUAUAGAAACAUGGUCUUUUUCAAAUGUAUUUAUGAUGAAAAAGCGAUUCUGGUACCUGGAGUCCAAGGUCUUUUGAAUCUCACAUGACUAUUGCUGGCAGUCUCAUGUUUGUGGAAUCACAUUCUUUUUGGGUUUAGUUCAGAAAUAAGUGGUAGUUGUAGAAAAUGAAAGGCAUUUCCAUGAAAAUUUGCUAUGAACAAAUUGCUAUUCUAUGUGUAUUGGUACCUGAAUUCAUACUUGGGACAAUAAAUCCUAGUUUUGCGUGCUUUGGAUUGGUCCACACCAUUGCAAAAUGUUUACUGGUCAUUAGUUGUGGGAGAUUUACCUCAUUUCUCUUGUGUGCCCAGCAUCUGUUCAUUUCUGCCUAGCUGGGAAGUAGGAAACCUGAAGUACGAGACAGAGCUUGAUGUCUUGGUUGUUUCCUCUCAGUAUUUCAAAAAUUAUGCUAAAUAACAGUAAAUGUGAAGCAGCAAUAGCUUGGGUUUUGUGAGCAGAUUUGAAACUAACACAAUAAAUUAAGAGAGGAAAUUCAGCCUCCACAUUGCAAUUUAAACUGCUUAUUGUGUUAAUGUGAAAAGAAAUUUUAUAUGAUAUUGUUACUGAUAUUUAGAAUUAUUAAAUAACAUAGUCAGUGAUCGACAUUCCUUUCACAACGUGGAUUGUAUGUCAGCAGUGUAUAUGUUUUACAUAGGGUGAGACUGAUGUAACUUCUUGUGGGUAAUCUUCAGACUUUUAUAACAAUUUAUGACAGCCUUCCAUAACACUUUAUGAUUUUGUCCAUCUUCUGAUUUCUUCUCAUGUAGCUUACUGAAAAAAAUUAACAUUGCACCUAAUGACAGAUGACUGACAUACAACAUCUUACAAAUGUGUUAAUGGAUUUUAUAUAUUGGCAGCUAACAGUGUCAGUCAGUUCAAUUUCUGAUAAUUUCUCAACAGAAUUAGCACUUCAUUUAACUUCUUUCUGAAUAUAUAAUGUGCAUGAAUAGCAUACCCAGACAUUCGAAGGUAACAUGCAUUACUCAGGGCUAACCAGACUUUCAAACAGUGUCCAUUAAAUUUCUGUCAACAUACAUUACUGUACAAAAUUAUAACAACAUUGCACACUGCAAGGUCUGAUGUGUGUUAUUUAUUAUGCUUGCAUGACUUUUUUUUAAAAAUUGUGGUGUGGACAUGAUACACACUGCUGUGUAAUGGUAAAUAUAAAACUGAUCAUUUGAGGCUGUGAUGAAAUAGUGACUGUGUAACUAAUUGAGAUGUGAUUGAAUGGAAGAGAAAAAUAUUUUUUGUUGAAAAGACUAAAGCUUCUAUUGUUACUAUAUUUUUUAAGUUACAAAAUGAAUUUAUUUACAAUAUGUUGAAAGUGACUGAGGAUUGUAAUUAAAAGGAUUUAUAUGUAAGUUUUAUAUGUAAAUAAAAGAAUGUUAACU